AGAAAACGGUCCGAUACCAGCGAGGGUGAACGGAGCAGUCAUCGCCUGGCGGCCGGAUCGAAUACUAUCUGCUCCGCAUGCCCGCGGCUGUAGACCCCAUUGGUCUCUGCGAUCACAUGGUGGGCGGGGCUGGGAAGGAAGCAGAUUCCCUCCCUACCCCGUUCCUUCGUUUCCUUCCAGCCAUCCAUCCAGCAGCCAAAGGAAAGAGGGAGCGUCUCCGAGAUCCAGCAUUAUGGCCAGCCUUACGGUGUACAGUACCUCGGUAACGGGCUCCAGGGAGAUCAAAUCUCAGCAGAGCGAAGUGACCAGGAUAUUGGAUGGCAAGAACAUCAAAUACAACCUGGUGGACAUCUCUCAGGAUAACACCCUGCGGGAAGAAAUGAGGACCAAAACGGGCAAUCCAAAAGCCAUCCCUCCCCAGAUUUUCAAUGGGGACCAAUAUUGUGGGGACUACGAACUGUUUGUGGAAGCAGUGGAACAGAACACCCUGCAGGAGUUCCUCAAGUUAGCCUGAGCAUGUUUCUUCUUCUCCCUCCCUUUCUCUUCUUCCCCCCAUUGUCCCCCCAAAUUCCAAAUGGAUCAUCUCCUAAACUCUUAAGUCCUUGUCAUCCUUCUCCUGGCCCUGGGCAACCAGACUCCUCUCCAGCUCCUGUCGAAUUUUGUUGCCUGUUUCACUCUCAGCAUGGCCUCAAAAAGAAAACCCCACUUUGCACAUUCCUUCUCAUGCUGCUGGGCCUUCCUCCUCGUGCCUCUGUGGAUAGAGAAACCUACCGGUCAAGGACAUUGGAAAGCACAGCUUUCCCCAUACCUCCUUUUUCCCUCCGCCUUGCGCUGAGCCUGCCCUUGGGGAGAAAAAAGGGUAGGGGUGUUGCCUCCUGUCUUAUAACCAGUUGCAAAUGCUGGCUUCCAUACUUCCUAUUUCAUUCCUAUGGAGGAAAUGAGAGCAGUGGCUGUCUGCUACUACUGUUAUUAUUUGUUACAUCCCAAUGCAAAAGUACUGCACAAGGUUGUGUGCUGAAAUUUCCUUCUGUGCCAGAGAAAGGGUGGGGUUGUGUGCGUGUCUUCAAAAUUACUUCAGUGCAGCUCACACCCUCUUUGGAAAAGCAGUUUUCAAGAGGACGAUGAGAGCAGAGCUUGUGGUCCAUUAGUGCAUUCCUACCCCAAAUCAUAUGGGAAGUAACUAGGAUUCUAGGUCUGUUCGUGCACCAGUUAUUUCACCCUUUCCUUUUUUUUUGGAACUGGCUUUUUACAAACAAGGACCAAGUGCAUUCCCAGGUUUUUUCCUUGCUAAAAGCAAAAGUUGUGAAAUGGCUGUCUCAUCUGAGAUGCUAUUAAAUGUUGCUAAAAACCUCAA